GCCGGGUGUGUUGGGGGGGGGGCGGGGCUUUAACCCGAGCGGGGCGCUCAGUGUCGCCGCAGCCGCCGGGCGGGACGGACGGACAGACAGACAGACACAGACAGAGACAGACGGACGGAGGCGGCAGCAGCAGCAGCAGCUCCCCGGGGCCUCGCCCCGUAUCGAGCCCGGCCCGGCCCCGCCGCCAUGGAGCGCUGAGCCGGCACCCAGCGCUGCGCACAAAGGACGAGCCGCGAUGCCAUGGCCCCGCCGCACGCCGUGUGAACCACGGCGCUGCCCGUUUUCUUCCUAUUUGGACCUUUAAUUCGCUUAUUUUUAUUUUUUCCUUUUUUUUUCCCCCUCCGUUUUGGACCUUUACAUCUUCGAUUUCUUGACCCGUUCGGACCUCUGCUAUAUCCAUUUUUUUUUUUUUUUUCUCUAUUCGGACCGUAUUUUCUCCUCAUUCGGAUCAUUUUUCCCCAUCUAUAUAUAAUUUUUCCCCAUAUUUGGACCUUAUUCUUAUUCAUUUUUCGGACCUUCCCGUGGUUUUUUUAACACCCCCCCCCCCCCUUCCCCACACUGGCCGCUCACGGGGGGGGGCGGCCCUGGGGGGGCGGCCCGGAGCGCCCCGAACCGCAGCGACCGGAGGAGCCGGCCCGGAUCGUUCUCUGACGUGCACGGUGCGGCUGCGGCCGGCCAGGACUCACGGACCAUGCUGGCGUGCCUGCAGCGAACCCAGAACCCACCUGGGCAGCACCUGGCCUGCCCCAACCCCAACAAGGCACUGGAGCCACGCAAGUGCGAGACGGCAGCACCCAUGCAUUCCCCACGCUACCCCAGCCCCGCUGAGCUGGACGCCUAUGCACAGAAAGUGGCCAACAGCCCGCUGACCAUCAAGAUCUUCCCCACCAACAUCAGGGUCCCACAGCACAAGCACCUUAACCGAACGGUCAAUGGGUACGACACCACGGGGCAGCGCUACAGCCCCUACCCCGUGCAUGCCGGCGGCUACCAGGGCCUCCUGGCCAUCGUCAAAGCCUCCAGCAAAAGCGUGGUGAAGAAUGCGGAGGGCAAGCGGACUAAGCUGUCGCCCGCGCAGGCUGGCGUCGCUCCCUACCCAUCCUCAAGCACUUUAGCCCCAGGCCCCUCCUGUGCUGGCCCACUGAGCUACCACCAGAAGCAGCUGGAGGGCCCCGUGCCCCCCAACGUGACAGUGGCUGGCUCGGCGCUGCCGCUGGCAGGCCGUGGCCUGGCGCUGCCGCCCUCCAACCUGCCCUCCAUCCAGAGCAUCAUCUACCAGCUCAACCAGCAGUGCCAGGCUCAGGCCACACAGCCUGCCUGCCCGGCACUGCCGGCCGCCCACCCCAGCCCGGCCAAGCACGGCGCCUUCCCCACCAUGGCCUCAGCCUAUGCCGUGCUGCCCGAGUGCCGCAAGGGAGCCGAGCUGCCGCUGGGCUCCACCCCAGCAUUGGGGCCGAAAGCGGGGCUCUACCCUGACGGCGUGGACUACCUGCUGUGGCAGCAGAAGCAGCAGCAGCACCUACGGGUGUACAGCGGGGGCAGUGGGGCCCUCAGCAAGUCACCUGAAGCCUGUGCGGCCGCCUCACGACCCUACGGGCCAGCGGGGGAGAAGGUGAGCUCGUCACCAUUGAACUGCAUGCACGGCAACUUUGCGGUGGGGCAGUACUUUGUGCCACCGUGGAACAGCGUCCUGGUGACCCCCACCAGUGACUGUUACAACCCACCGCCUGAGCUGGGCCCUGUGCCGCGCGAGCUCGGCAUGCCGCCGGCUGAGGGGCUGCCCAGCAAGGCGCUCUGCAACACCUCCAUCCUCAGCAGCAGCCUCCAGUCGCUGGAGUAUCUCAUUAACGACAUCCACCCGCCCUGCAUCAAGGAGCAGAUGUUGGGCAAGGGCUAUGAGACCGUGUCUGUGCCAAGGCUCUUGGACCACCAGCACGCCCACAUCCGCCUGCCUGUCUAUAGAUAAGGGGCAGCCGCUGCUCUUCCCAAAGCCAGGAUGGCAGCCAGGCCCUCUGGCACCGUGAGGCCGUUGAGGGGUGAUGGGGUUGGUUGGGGUCGGCUGCCAACACGGGUCCCGCAGGUACUGGCAUGGAACCGGGCUCAUCGAACCGCGUGUGCCCGCUGGAAGCCAAGGAUGAAGGAAUGCUUGUCUUAUAUAGCUCAGAAAUCAUUUUAUUUCCACGAAUGUGAACAGGGAAUCGCUACGAGUUGCUGCUAUCCAGGGAGAGGAGCUCCGCUCUGCGCACGGUGCGGGCCGCAGGCAGGGUCCCUCCGCGCUCACCUUUAGCUGAAGUCCGUAACUUGCACUGCUUUGAUUAAAAGCUCGUAACUGGGGACAGCCUGGACGCUAUUUAAGAAAAAAAAAAAAACACUUGAAAACUUGAACAGAUUUUUCUUUUUUUUUGUUCUUUUUAUUUUUUCAGUUGCCCACAACACGCAUCUUGGGUGCUGGCCUAUGAGGGGGGGAUGAGCCCACGGCGCUGCGCCCACAGCGCAGAUCUCCAAGAGUUUGGAGUUCUUUCUUUUUUCUUUGUUUUUGGGUUUGUUUUUCUUUUCUUCCCCCCCUUUUUCUAGUCCAUUAUCCUUUUGUUCCGUUCUAAAGGCAGGCAGUGUGUAGAACCACGUUGGGUUCUGUACCCAGCCCUCGCACCACAGUGGGAUUGUGGCAGGCUUCUUCAUUUCUUUCUUUCUUUUUCUUUUGAAGCAGCUCAGAAAUGCUGGUUACCCCUCCGCUAUUCACCCUAUGUCAUUAUGUGCUUAAUAGGUUUAUUGGUUUAAAAAUGGCUCUGCGUCACCCAAUGUUUUUCUGAUGAGGCAAGGAAACAAACACUACCCCGAGGAAACCCAAGGUGAUUGUGCUCAGAUAAGAGGUACUGUAUCCCUGAAAGGCCUGUUCAAGCACUAAGUGCAUUUACAAAAUCUCUGAGAAUGUUUUUUUUUAUACUAAAAUCGACCAUUAUAUUCUACUGUGAGAAGUGCUGGCUGCACUUAUAUUGUUUUAAAAAGGAGAGAAAACAAAUGAGAGAGAAAAAAAAAAAAA